AUGAACUGUCCCGAAGGCCCCCGUGGCUUAUGUCGAGAAGAUAAAUGCAACACGAAAAUAUGUGAGGCAGAAAUAUUAAUAUUUGCUGUUGAAAAAUACCCCUGCCUGUGGAAUAUUCAUGACAACGACUAUCACAACAGAGAUGUCAAAGAUUUGGCCUGGGAGAACGUAUUUAAAGAGGUUAUAAAGGAUUGGGGCACGUGCACUAAAGUGGACAAAGAAAACAAAGGUGCUCAGGCAAAGAAAAAAUGGACACACAUUAGAGACUACUUUCGAAGAGAUUUAAAAAAAAAUAAAAGUGCUCUUUCAGGCAGUGCCGCUAAAAAGGUUAGAAAAUAUGUUUAUGCAGACCUGUUGUAUUUUCUUAUACCGGUAUUUGAUAAAAGAAAUACCGAAGGAAACUAUAAAAUCGAUGAUCUACGCGAUAAUACUUCUAAAGAAUCCGAAACGCAAGAAGAACACAGUGUGGAACAAGUAGAUGACCAAGAUAUCCCAUCCCAAAUACUCAAUAUCCUACAUCAAAAUCAACAGAAAGCUAAUCAGAAACGACAAGAAGUAGAAGACGAUGACACGAAUUUUUUAUUAAGCUUUAGAACACAUAUGAAACAUAUGAAUGAAAAUCAGAAAAUUGAUUUUAAAUUGGGAAUGCUGCAGUUGGUAAAAAAAAUUAAUACUAAAAAGAAAUAA